AUGCAUUUUAUUUACGACAAAAUCGAAAAAUGCAGAAAAAGCGCGCAAGCAAUGAGUUUAAUUUGCAGCUAUGACCAAAUAUAUUAACCUCCGCUUAAGCGAAAAAGGGGUCAUAAUGUGGCGAGCGUGGAGCCACAAUGGCGCAUUGAUUGCUGUUUAUGAGCCGCUGGGUAAGCCAAAAAAAGUUGAUCAUACGCCGUGGCACAUGCAAUACAAUUUUUGGGAAUACUGAACUGAAAUGGAUUUCUCCGUUUUUUCAUAAAGGAUUACUUAAUUUAAAUAAGGCAAAGGUGUUUGAAAAUUAUUGCUCACUUGGUGGUUGCCUGAAUUUGGCAAGCUUAAUGAUGUGGCAUUCAGGAACUCAACUAGGAGCCGCAUGAAAUUUAAUAUUUUAAACAAACAAGAAAUUCAACAUACAAAAAGCUGUAUAAUAAAAAUAUGUUUACAAAAAAGGUCGUGCCCUGUAAUAAUAUUAUUUUCCAUGGAAAUCAUUAAUUAUAGACCAACUUUGGAAUAAAAAAAAUUAUUAGCAUAUAUUGUAAUUAGUUCAAUGUGUAGGGUUUUUAUA